AAUCUGGUAAAACAAACAGUCCUCUGUAGAAAAACCCGAAUCUCUCUCUCCUCCCCCCUCGAAAGCGAAAUUAAACUGCGCGAAAGAGAAAAAAAACAACCGCUCUAAAAAAGGAUCCGAGAGGAGACGAAUCAGAAAUCAGAAUAACUGAAAGCCCUAACCCAAGAACGAGCUUAUCCUCUCUCUUUCGCCGGUGGACGCGAGGACUGGAACAAUUUAGGUUAGGUUUUUGGAAUUAGGGUUAGGUUUAGAUUUUCAAUUAGUGUUUUUUUUUUUGCGCCAUGGCCGUGAAGAGAAUUGGACGAUAGACGAAUUUUGCAAUUAGGGUUUGGUUUACGGCUGAGAGGUCUGGGUUUUGGUUAUGGAAUGCGCAAUUGAUGGUGCCUGUAGCUUGUGUCGCUGAUGACUGGAUGCCCAUGCUACCAACGGACGAUUAUGAUGGGCCCUGGUGGGGAUGGUUGUUGCACCGAGGAAAAGACUUGCCUACCGACUUCUGGGGUUCAGGUGACCACUCUGGCUGCUCAACUAGCAAUGAAGAAGCCCACUUCACUUGGGGUUGAUUUGUUUUCCCAGGCACGAAAAGCACUAAGCGUUCGUUCCCCUCUCGAUGUCCCUGAGGACGGGUCUGCUUCAGCUUCUAGUGUAAUUACUCUGCCCAGUAGGUUGGUCAGCUUGUUGAAGCCUUCUGAUAAUAGAAAGAGGCGCAAAAGGAGUCACUCUGGUGCUGACAAGAAGUCUUCCCGGGCAGGUGAGCGGUCUCAUGGGGCCAAUUUUUGGGCUGAUAAGGAGGUGUACUUCAGGGACUUGGCAUUGCCUGAUAUCGAUGCUUUGGACAAGGUAUCUUCACUUAGUUCUCUAGAUUCUAGGAAGUGUUUUUUGAUUCCGCAUUUAGGAAAUGGGAAUGGGAUGGUUGCAAAUGUGGAAUGCAUCGAGACAACCAAUGUGGGUAAUGUUAAUGGGGUUGGAACAGAAGAAAAUAACCAGGACCCACAGUCUGUGGAAAUCGACAGUGUGCUAGCUGAAUCUUUGCCUAAGGAAGAUGGAAAGAAUUUUUCUGCAGGACACUCAGCUGGCAGUUUAGAGUGGAUUUUAGGAAGUAGGAAUAGGAUUUUGUUGGCAUCGGAGCGCCCCUCUAAGAAGAGGAAACUUCUUGGUGGCGAUGCAGGGUUGGAGAAGAUUUUGGUUGGUCGUCCUUGCAUGGGGAACUCAUCUUUAUGUGACUUUUGCUGUACUGGGCACAUGGCUAGUGAGGCAAAACGAUUGAUUGUCUGCAGUUCUUGCAAUGUUACUGUUCAUCACAAGUGUUAUGGUGUAGAAGAGGUUGUUAAUGACUCUUGGCUAUGUUCUUGGUGUAAGUGUAAGGGUGCUAGUAGCGACUCUUCGAACCCAUGCAUGCUUUGCCCGAAGCAGGGUGGUGCAUUGAAAUCUGUUGAUAAGAGGGUAAAAAAUGAUGGAUGUGUGGAGUUUUCUCACUUGUUUUGUUCUCUCUGGAUGCCUGAGGUCUAUGUAGAGGACUUGACGAACAUGGAACCUAUUAUGAACCUAAGAGAAAUCAAGGAAACCCGGAGGAAGUUAGUGUGUAAUAUAUGCAAGGUGAAGUGUGGCACGUGUGUUCGGUGCAGUCAUGGAGCUUGCAGAACUUCUUUUCAUCCUAUUUGUGCCAGGGAGGCAAGAAACAGAAUGGAGGUCUGGGGAAGAUAUGGGUGUGAUGAUGUUGAGCUACGGGCUUUCUGCUCAAAGCACUCAGAUGGCCUUGGCAGUUGCAGUAUGGCGCAAGAACAUUCUUCUAUUUCUGAUGGUGAUGUGUCUGGUACCACUCAUCUUCCUUUGUUGUCGAUGAACAAGCUGGAUAGCCACGGAAGUGGAGAUAACAUUUCAGUCCGUGGAGAAACUUGUCAUUCCAAUGAUGGAGAUUUAGCUGAGUUUGGCCUGUCUGAUACCAUACUAAAUACUGAAAUUGUCUCAGAAUGUGCUGAUACCCAGCAAGCGAAAAAUAAGGCUAUGUCAGAGAGGAGAAGCGGUGAUGAUGUUAAGUCAUUUGACAGUGUGAAUCUUGCACCAAUUCUGAAGAAGUUAAUUGAACGAGGAAAAGUCAAUGUCAAAGAAGUGGCAUCGGAUAUUGGCAUUCCACCCGAUUCAUUAUCAUCUGGACUUGCUGAUGAUAGCUUGGCUCCUCAGUUGCGAUUUAAAAUAGCCAAAUGGCUCAGGGAUCAUGCAUACAUGGGUGUUCUGCAGAAAAACCUAAAUUUUGAUGUAAAAUUCCCAUUAAAAGAUGAGAAUGGAACAGUUGAAUCUCCUGAUGGUGUAACAGUAGCAGAGUCUGAUAUCACGGUUCCUGUUGCUAUUAAGAGUGUACCUCCUAGGAGAAGAACCAACAGCAAUAUUAGGGUUUUGAGGAAUGACAGAGUAAUUUCAUUCUAUGAGGAAUUUUUAAGUGAGAAUGGGAAAGCGGUCAAUGAGCUUAAAGUAGACAGAGUUGUAAGUGAAGAACAAGAAAAUUCAAGUGAACGGAGCACAAAUACUUCUGAAAAGAGCUUGUCUAAAACUGAUGGAUUUCAUGAUUCUGUGGCCAGUCAUUCACCUAAGUCUGAAGAUAUUUCAGGUGAGCUGUCAAAUGGCAACUUAUAUGCAUAUAGUAAGCCUGAGGUUGCAGCUGUUUCUCAGUCGGAAAUUCAAGUGAAUGACAAUCAGGGAAGUCUUGUUUGUGCAAAUGGAAAUGCAGUUGUCAUCAAUCUCACAAAAAUGGGAGCAGCUUCUAGUUGUUACAUUCACCCCUACAUCAGUAAGAAGUUGCAGAUGCAUAGUGAAUUGUUUCUAAAGAGCACGAACUAUGAAGAUGAAGGUAGAAGAGAUAGGAUGUAUGAUUUUGAUGAUCCAAAGCAGGAAGGAAGAUCUCGUCUGGAAGAAUCUUCCCAUGCCAUUGCCUGCUGCAAUCGCCAAAAUCAAUGUUCAGAGUGCAGUGAUUCGAUUGGAAAAUUAGAUAGGGCAAAGUUAGAGGAGCCUGCUGAGGCUAGGAAAGUUGGAGUUCUAGAGCUGUCUCCCAGAGAUGAAGUGGAAGGGGAAAUUAUUUAUUUUCAACACAGAUUGCUUGGGAAUGCAGUUGGAAGAAAGAGCUUUACUGAUGGUUUAAUUCAUAAGGUUGCUGAAAGUAUAUCACAUGAAAUUGAUGUGGCACAUAGUCGAAGUUGGGAUGCUGCGCUUGUUAGCCAAUAUCUCUGUGACCUUAGAGAAGCAAAGAAGCAGGGUAGAAAAGAGAGAAAGCAUAAAGAAGCCCAGGCUGUGCUAGCCGCUGCAACUGCAGCAGCUGCAGCUUCAUCUAGGAUUUCAUCAUUUAGGAAAGAUGCAUUUGAUGAAUCUGCUAAUCAGGAGAAUUUGACAAAAUUGAAUAACUCUAGUGGAAGAAGCGGCACUUCUUCUCAGUUGAUGCCUCGGCCAAAGGAGACACUUUCAAGGGUGGCUGUCCCAAGAAUUUCAACUGAAAAGUAUUUUGAUUAUGUUCAGUCAGUUUCAGAUUUUUCCAGAGAGCAUUCUAGAUCAUGUGACAUAUGCAGAAGAUCUGAGACAAUGCUGAACCCUAUCUUAAUGUGCUCCAGUUGCAAGGUUGCAGUCCAUUUAGCUUGCUAUCGUAGUGUGAAAGAAUCUACAGGUCCAUGGUUCUGUGAAUUAUGUGAAGCACUGUUGCCAUCUAGAUGUCCUGGAGCUCCUACGGUCAAUUUCUUGGAGAAACCCUAUUUUGUUGCAGAAUGUGGUUUAUGCGGUGGUACUACUGGUGCCUUUAGGAAAUCUUCUGAUGGUCAAUGGGUACAUGCCCUUUGUGCAGAGUGGAUCUUUGAACCAGCAUUCAGAAGAGGACAAGUAAAUUCUGUUGAAGGAAUGGAGACCGUUACAAAGGGGGUUGGCACUUGUUGUAUCUGUCAUCACAAACACGGUGUCUGCAUAACGUGUAACUAUGGUCAUUGUCAGACCACAUUUCAUCCAUCAUGUGCUAGAAGUGCUGGCUUCUACAUGAAUAUUAAGACUACUGGUGGCAAGUUGCAACACAAGGCUUACUGUGAAAAACAUAGCUUGGAACAGAGGACAAAGGCUGAGACUCAAAAGCAUGGUCUUGAGGAAUUGAGGAGUAUCAAGCAAAUCAGGGUUGAGUUGGAGCGAUUACGCCUUCUUUGUGAGAGAAUUAUCAGACGCGAAAAGAUAAAGAGGGAGCUUGUUUUUUGUUCACAUGACAUACUUGCCUACAAAAGGGACCACGUUGCUCGUUCUGUGCUCGUUCGUAGUCCCUUUUUUCGUCCAGAGAGUUCAGAAUCAGCUACAACAUCCCUCAAAGGCCACACAGAUGGUUACAAAUCUAGCAGUGAAGCAAUCCAACGAUCAGAUGAUAUAACCGUUGACAGCACACUUUCUUUUAAGAACUUUAUCAAGGUUCCUGUAUCUAUGGACACUGACCAAAAGACAGAUGACAGCUCCUCGUUCCAAAAUAUUACAAGAAAGGCUAUUGAGAGGGUGCCAUUUUCUGGCAAGCAAAUCCCUCAUGAUAAACCCCCUGGUUCAUCGCUUAAUUCUUUGGAUGAUGGAGAAUGGAGUUCAAAAUCAAGAAAGUUACAGCUAAUCGAAAGUUUUGAAAAGGAGCUGGUUAUGACGUCAGAUCAAGCUUGUAUGAAGAAUCAGCAAUUGCCUAAAGGAUAUGUCUACAUCCCGGUUGAUUGCCUUUCAAAGGAGGAAAAGGUUAUCCAGGAUGAUUGUUCCAGUGAACAUGUGGAACAUGAUGGGUAAUAUCUGAGUUGUUCUUGAUCUGCUUGCUGGAAGUCAACAACCACAUGCCUGGGAAGCUGCUUUCUGCCUAUGGGAGGUUUCCAUCUGAGCAAAAGUGAUGAAUGGCAGAGUUGAUGCAGUGACAGAACUCUCUCCCGUGUAACAAUUCGAAUAGGAGGCCCAUUCUGGUUUGUGGAGGAAAGUUUUGGCUUCAGUGUUGUAUAUUUGUUUUGAUAUUAACUGUACAGUGGAUGAGGUGUACUCUGCAGCAUGUAUCGUAAAGUGACUCGUGGACAGUUGCACUGCUGUGCGUGGUCUGUAGAGUCGGUGUAUAUAUCCGCAUUCUAAUCACUGAAUGUAAUACCGAUAGUGCAUUUAGAUGACCUUUUUCUGUUGUGACCUUAUUUACUUUUUUAGCUAAUGGAUUACAGAUUUAGCAGUUGUGCAG